AUGACUCCGAACGCGAUCCCCGCCUUCUUUCCCGUGCUCAUUCCUCCUUCGGAGGACUCCUCUCCGUCGCCGUCGGCGCUGAUGUUAUUGUGGUUGAUGUCGCUAGGAACCGACGGAGGUUCGCUGUCAGGCGACGGCGAUGGAGUCGAUUGCGGCGGAGCGGGAGGAGAAGAUGGAAUUGGUGAAUCAGCCGGAGCGUUCGACGGAGAUGGAGGGAGGGAAAUCGGGGAUGGAGAUGGCGGUGAAGGUGAAUCGGCGCCGGGUUGCGGCGAUGGAGUCGGCGAGGGCUCUGGCGAAGAGGAAGAAGAAACGGCGGUGCUGAAUUGGAUUAGGAGGAAAGCGAGAAGCAGAGGCGAGAGGAGUUCGAUGAACCUCGACAUUGUUGACGGAGGAGGCGGCGUCGGCUCGAGGCGUUUGUUUCCCGAGAAAAUGUGGAUCUGA